AUGAAUAUUAGUGAAUUUGAAAGAAAUAAUGAAAAUUUAAACGAAUUAAAUAAUAAUAAUGAAAAAUAUGAUAAUAGUGUAAUAAAUCAAAAUGAAAAUAAAAAUUUACAUCUAUAUGAAAAAAUUCCAUACAUCAAAAAUGUUUAUGAAUCAAAGUCAUUUUUCAUAAAUGAAUAUGAUAAUCUAAACAUAAAUAUGGAAAAUAAUAGAAAAAAUUCUUAUGAAGAAGAAAAUAAAAUCAUUUGCAUUGAUAAAAAAUUUUUUGUUAAUAAUAAAAAUGACGAAUCAUACAAUAUGAAUGAAAAUAAAAGUGACGAAAUGAGAAUAAAUCACGAUAUAAAACCUAAUAAUGAAAAUAUAUUAACAUACAUGAAAGAUAAAAUUUUAAAUACAAAUGAUAAUGUAGAAAUUGAAAAAAAAAAAACAUUAAAAUUAAAGAAAGACGAAAAAGUAGAAAAUGAAAUAGGAUAUCCAAAUGAAAAAAUGUUAAUAGAACAUAAUGAAACAAACAGAGAUAAUAUAUAUAAUAUACAAAAAUUGAAAAGUGAAGACUUAGAUAGACAAACUAAAACAAAUAAUAUAUGCAAUGAUAAAAAUGAAAAUAUGUUAGGACAAAAACAAACAAAAAAUUUAAUGGAAUUAGAAGAUAACAAAGUUUUAAAAAAGACUAAAAGAAAUAAUUAUAGUAUAAUAAAGACACUUAAUAAUACUAAAUCAAUUUUAAUGCAUAAUAGCAAAUAUAUUCUGAGUAAUUCGAAUUCUAAAAAAGAUAGAAAGAGUAAUUAUUUUGAAAAUUUAAAUAUUAAUGAUAAUUAUUUUUUUUUAAAAUAUGAAAAUGGUGCAAAUAAAGGAAAACAUCUUCGAAGAGAAAAGAUGUUACAACAUAACUUUAAUGAAAAUGAUUUUGUAAUGAAUUACGAUGAUUUAUACAAUUUAAAUGGUAAUAAGAAUUCAUCACUUUUAUUUAUUAUUAAUGGCAUUUCAGAAACUAUUAGAAACAUAGUAGAUGUAGACAAAAGCAAUAAUAAAAAUAAAUUGAAAUUAAUAGAAAUAGUAGAAAACGUAAAUCUUUUAAUGCAAUCAUAUUAUAAUAUAAUUGUUAAAUGCGAUAUGAAUUUAUCUUUUACUAUAAAAAAAAUAAGAAAUUUAUAUAAAUCUUAUAAAGAGAUGGAUUUAUUUUUAAAAAAUAUCAAGAAUAAUACAAUUCCUUGUGAAAAAUAUGAAGAAAUACAAGAUAAAAAAAAAUCAUUGGAAAAUUGUUCAUCACUGUUGGAAACCAAAAAUUCUACAGAAGGAAAAUUAUUUAUAAAUUACAAUUAUGAUAAUAUUAUGCAAAAGGAGAAUGUUUUGAAUAGUAAUAUAAAUGUUAAUGAAAAUAAUAUAAAUGUAUAUGAAAAUAUUGUAAGUAAUAAUAACAAUAAUACAGAAGAAGAAAAAAAGGAAAUUCAUCAUACUGAAAUAAGGAAAGAAGAAUCAUUAGAAAAUAAAAAUUUAAAUAUAACUGAUAAUACGAUUCCAGAAAAAAAUAUAAACAACAUUAUAGAUAAUAAAGAUUCUUUAAUGAAUAUGUUAAAUGAUGAUAAUAAAAAUGUACAUAUUACGUUAGAUGAACAAAAUAAUAAUAAUGAAAAUACGACACAAAUUUGUCAUACUUUAAAUUCUAACAGGAAUGACAUUAAUAUAAUAAAUACCUCUGAGAAGUUUUCCAAUAAUUUAAGUGAAAAAAAUGAAAAAUUAGAAAAUUAUUUAAAAGAAAAUUAUAUAAAUAAUAAUAAUGGUUUUAAAAAUUUUGCAAGUAUUGAUUCAAAAUCUACAGCUUUAUCUAAUCAAGAAGAGAACUCACUUGAAAUUAAAAAUAAAAAUGAAAAAAUUAUAAUUAGAAAAAAAAAGAAAAAAAUCCUAAAAGAAUUGGAAAAAUUAAACUCUCGUUUUUUUUUUAUUUUUAGUCAUAAAGGGGUUAUUAUAAAUUAUUUACUUAAAGAAAUAAAUGAAUGUCUUUUAGAUUUUGAUAAAACUUACCAAUUAUAUAUAUCGAAUUAA